AUGGCUCCCUCGGUGCUCAUUAUUGGCGCAGGCGGUGCCUUUGGACGACCCCUGGUAGAAGAGUUCGUCAAGCAAAAGGCCAAAUUCUCCAGGGUUGGCAUCCUCGCCGACCCUGCCAAAGUGUCCAAGUUUUCCGACGCCGCAGCUCAAGGCAUCGACAUUGUCCCAGGCUCAUUUUUGGACCCAAAGGCAUAUAAGGGCUUUGAAGUCGUUGUCUCUCUAGCAGGCAAUGCCAUUAUGAGACUCCAGCCCGCCAUGAUCGAAGCCGCCAUCGCAGGCGGAGUUCGUCACUUCUACCCGUCGGAAUUUGGCUCAGACGUCGCCCAGGACAGCCUCAAGACCUUUCGCUAUUUCCGUGAUAAGCGAGUCACCCGCGAUCAUCUGGCGGCUAAAGCAAAAGAGCAUCCGGAUUUUUACUACACGCUGAUGCUGACGGGCAUCUUCACCGAGUGGGCUGCCGAUCCGUUUUACGGCGUUGAUGUCGAAGCUCAUGUUGCGAAUACAUAUGGACGUCCCGAUGCGCAAAUCUCUGUGACAUCAAUUCCUGAUAUCGCGAGAUAUACUGUCGAGUCCAUCCUGCUGCCCCUAAACCCCGGUGUCCAAAAGCGUGAAAUCCGCGUCACCGGAGAGCGGACCACCUGGCAGAAGUUCAUUGAUGACUUGGGCGAGGUGCAGGGAGUCAAGUACAAGUGCACCUAUCUCGAUCCAGAGGAGGCCGCCGCAAGGCAAGACGAAGCCCGAAGGAGCGGUGAUGAAGCGGCCGAACUGAUGUGGUCAGUUAAGCCUUUGGCUGCCUCCGGAAACGGAAUCGUUCCUGGACAGCUGGACAAUGACAGAUUCUCAUUUCGACCGGAGUCUGUGAAGGAAACGUUCCGGCGGGUGUAUGGUUAA